GUCCGUAAUCUGGCAACAAUCUCAACGUCUAUGAAUUGUGUCAUUUCUGUUUGACGUUUCCGUUUUCUUAUCAUAUGUACUGUUUUUGUAUUAAUUCAAAUUAUUUAAUAAUUUAAAAUUUUCCAAGUAUUACAAAUCCAAGUUAACAUUACUAUUUUUUAGUAGUGUAAUGUUGUCAUAACUAAUUAGAAAUAUAACGAUAAUAUAAGUAAUCAAUACUUUUAAAAAUGGCCUUAAUUGCUGAAAAUAAAAAAAUCCUAGAAUUUUUAGAGUUAGUUGGUCGUUUGAAGCACGUGAAAAGGACUGGCUGGGUUAUUUGCGAUAUUAAUGAUUGUGAAAGUAUUGCUGGCCAUAUGUACCGUAUGGGACUAAUGACAUUCCUUCUAACAGAUGAAAACAAUCCUACUAACCUAGACCGCUUCAGAUGUCUUCAAAUAGCUCUUGUCCAUGACUUAGCAGAGUGUAUUGUUGGUGACAUCACACCUCAUUGUGGAGUCUCACCAGAAGAGAAACAUCGCCAAGAAGAUGAAGCAAUGAAAAAAAUUGCAGAGUUAACUGGUAUUGCAGGCGAUAGGAUGUAUGAAUUGUAUAAGGAAUAUGAAAAUCAAACCUCUCCAGAGGCGCAAUUUGCAAAAGAUUUGGAUCGCUAUGACAUGAUACUGCAAGCAUUUGAAUAUGAGAAACGAGAAAAUACACCAAAGAAGUUAGAAGAAUUCUUCUCAAGCACUGAAGGCAAAUUUAAACACCCAUUCAUAAAGGAAUUAGUUAAUGAAUUGUAUAAGCAAAGACAAGAAUUUGAAUGUAAGACAUUAGUGAAUGGAAAUGCCUAAUUUACUUGAUUGCAUAUUAGUACUAUUUAGCUUUAGCUGUAAAUUCUAAGUAAUUGCAAUUUACUUAUGAUAAUUAUAUUAUAUUGUAGUUUUACAAAUACUUCAUAUCUAAGUGAGCCUUCUACUUAUAAGUCCUUAACCUCCUAUUUAAUCAUACAAUUGGGAAUUUUAUGUCAUCACUUGAAUGAUUGCUAAACAUAAAUACUUAUACUGCAAGAAUA